AUGGGUUGCGCAGCAUCCCGCGAAUCCAGCGGCCCCAAUAGCGACCACCGCCGCAAACAGCACCCCUCCAGCUCCUACUACGACUGGGAUAAAAAAGGAGGCUAUAUCCCCUACCGACACAAAGGAGAGCGUAGGCCCCGUUGGCAUCAGGAGGACAAGGAAGCGUAUGCGCAACAGGUACGCGAUGCAGCAGAACGCGAACGAAACCGUCAGGCAUUGAAGCAUUACGCAGCUGACGAUGAAAAGGCAAAACUCAAAACACAUUACACGGAACACCUGGGGCGAAAAAGGGCCGAAGGCUAUGGGCAACAGGUACGUGACGAAGCGGAGCGAGAACGGAAUCGUGAGGCGUUGAAGUAUUACAAUGUUCACGUAAAAAGGGGAAACCUCAGGAGACCGCAUGAUGAUGAUGAACGCAGGAAAGAGGCGGCGAGGGCAAAGAGGGAGAUGAUCAAGGUGUAUGCGAGUCCUGAUCUGAAAUCGCGUUGGAGCGAUUCGACAAGAUAA